AUGCUUAUUAAAGCCUAAAGUGAGGGUAUGAUUACAGGUGGCGACGAAGGAAAGUUACAUCUAGUAGAUAAUAACCUUAAGCACUUGAGAACGACUUAUAUCGGUGCAUGCCUUCAUGCAGGAAUUACUCAUAAAGGCCAAGUGUAUGUUUCAGUAAAAAAUGACAGCUACAGAUUGCAAGUAUUUGACCUGUCAUCAUUCAGGCUUAUAAACUCUUUUCAAAUUCCAUUUCAAGUAAUCAAAUUUAUUGUUGUCGAGUAUAAAAGACAAGAGUACAUACUCUGUGCUCUUUAAAAUGGUGGAAUUCUGAUGCUCUCUACUAAUGAUUGCUAAAUUGAAUAGAGACUGAAACUUUUUAUCGGAUUGGACUAGAUUUCUGAUUUCAUUAAAACUACUAAGAAAAACCAAUAUAUGUACAUAGCAGAUAACUAAUUUGGGGUUUGUGAGAUCAAGUUUAAAAAUAGUGUCAAAGUGAGAUUCAAACUAACUCUUUCAAACAGAUACUCGUUUAUAGACGACUCCAAUCUCUUAGGCAUAAAGCAUAUUGUCAAAUUCCUUCUAUCAAAAACUAGCAGAAUAUUAUCAUUAAGAAACCUUUUAAUCCUAAAAGAGAUGUUCCUUUGA